CUGCGCCCUGCGCCCUGCGCCCUGCGCCCCAUUGGAUUAUUUCUGUUGGAUAACACUGUUCUUUUGGAUUAUUCACCUUGCUUUCUUUGGAUUCAGCCACUCUACUUAACUCAAGACAAUGAUGGCGAUGAACGGUACUUCUUCCUUUCACGUCAACGCAACAGAAGGCUCUGGAAAAAAUAUUUUAAAUAAUACUGACAAGUAUGCUGACAUAAGACAGUCUCUCUACACCAUGUCGUUGAUCAUUUACUGCCUGGCCUUUGUUCUCGGUGUGCUCGGGAAUGGAGUGGUUAUCUGGGUGACCGGGUUCAAGAUGAAGAAAACAGUUAACACUGUUUGGUUCCUCAACCUUGCUGUGGCUGACUUCCUUUUCACAGCGUUCCUGCCCCUGAGUGUGACAUACCUGGCUUUGGAUUUCCACUGGCCUUUCGGCAAGUUCAUGUGUAAGCUGAACAGCACUGUAAGCUUUCUGAACAUGUUUGCCAGUGUCUACAUUCUGAUGGUGAUCAGCGUGGACAGAUGUGUGUCUGUGGUGUGGCCCGUCUGGGCCCAGAACCACCGAAGUGUACAGAAGGCGUCUGGUGUCAGUCUGGGUGUUUGGGUACUGGCUCUGAUUCUUAGCGCUCCAUACUUCAUCUUCAGGGACACUACGCCAUCACAUAACAAUGUCAACAUCAUCAACUGCUUCAACAACUUUGCCUUUUCCAAUGAUUAUGAAACACCGUCUGUGAUUCAGCUACGUCAGUUUCGACAGCAGGCCAUGACCAUCACUCGCUUCCUCCUGGGAUUUGUUGUCCCCUUCACUGUCAUUGUCUCCUGUUAUGCUGUAAUUAUCCAUCGUAUCAGAAGAAACCGCACUCUGGCCAGCCAGUCAAGUCGCCCCUUUAAGAUCAUCGCUGCUGUUAUCACCACUUUUUUCCUGUGCUGGGCUCCCUUUCACAUCAUGGCUCUUAUUGAGAUGGUGAGUCAGACGGCUGCUAAUGCAAGUGAAACUUUAAUUCAUGUCACCACUAUAGGGAUCCCUAUAGCCACCAGCCUGGCCUUUCUCAACAGUUGCCUGAACCCACUGCUGUAUGUGUUCAUGGGCCAAGAUUUCAAGAAUAAAGUCCGCAAAUCCAUCCUGAAUGUGUUCGAGACUGCCUUCCAGGAGGAGGGUACAGGCUCUCACACUGACACAAGGUCAGGGGACACCAGUCUGAGCAAAGGGAUGUCAAUUCUUAAUACUGAGGUAUAAGGCUGUCCAUGACAUGAAGAAAAAAAAAUGUGAAACUGCACAUAGAAAAUGUAACUGUAUGUAACAAAUAGCUUUUGUUAGGGUUUGUUUUCAAGGACCCUAAUGGUGAUCUGUAUACAUCAUCUCACUGUAUCCAUAAUGCGGCUAUAGGUGAUUGUAAAACGGAAUUUCCUGGACAAAAUAUUGCAUCAGUCAUUUCAAAAUAGGCAUUGCAUUUUAUGGUUAAGUCUGUGUAACACAAGCAACAAAGAAAGAAAGAAAUAAGGACUGGUUAACAAAGGGGAACUUUGUCACACCCACAACAGAUUGGGAUGACCAUUUCCUUGCCUGUAUGUGACAGCAAAGGAUUCACCCAAACAAUACAAAUCCCAGUUGUUUAUAGGCCAUAAUUACAGACUUGGCAAUUAAAAGGCUGACAUAUCGGCAUCACAAAUAACAUAGUAAUAAUGGCAGUGACAAAUAACGUUGCACCUAUCACUGAAAAAACCUUGAUGCCAUCAGUCUACAUUCUUGCCUUCGACCAUGCAAAUGGAUUCACCUGAGUUUUGACUGCUUGUUUGAUAAACAUUUAUACUUGUAUUUGUUGUAGGGAAAGGCUAAAGCUAUUAGUGUUAUGUCUGUAGCAGCUGAUCAGUUUACUUGGCUUAGGUGUCAAUUUUUUAACCUUCAGACAGCAUUGAACCACAGACAAAUGGAAUGACACACUUAGUCUACAUGUAAGACUGUGGGCAUAAAUAUUGUAACAUGAACCUGUCUAUGAAAGCUUUAUUGUGAUGUAUAUGAUUUUAUUUUUAUUUGCAUUAUAAAUGAUGAUAGCAUAUGGAUUGAUUUUCUUUUAAUAGAGCAAACUGAUUUUUUGCAGCACUCUUUGUGCUCUUAAAGGCUGAAAAUCAUUAGAGUACUCCAGUCUUUGUUUCCCUUCACGAGUUCAUUCCAGUCACCAAAGUGGGUACCUCAUUAGUCUGUUCCAAUUUUCUCAGUUGGGUAACUUUUAUGAUAUAUUUGUUAACUGUAUUAGUGAAAUAGUUUAAAAAGUAUGGGGGGACUCUUGACAACAUUUAGAACCUUCUGUGUAAUUUCAUAAUGUAAUAAUCUGUGUAAAAAGUCUUCUGUCACUGUUAAAUUAAAAACAGUAGACAUUUGCAACUGA